AUGAGGUAAGCGCCCAUGUGUUUAUAUGGUUUUAUUGAAAUAGUACGACAUACGUAGCAUGCUUUUUGGCAGAGUAAAAAGUCCAGUGUACCCUUAGGAAAUAGUAACUAAAACAAUACUGUUAACACAAUCCAGCUUACGAAUGACUUUAUCGCGGUGAAUUUUUGGCUUUUAAGGCUGUUCUGCGAAAUAAACUUCUUCUGGGAUUUUAUUUUUUAAGCUAAAAUGGUGGUAAUUCGAGGGAUCUGUGAAAGUUGUCCUAUCCCUGUUAGACCAUAUCGAUGAAUCAGAGACAUGCAUGAGAUUUGAGUGAAAUUGUGGCAUAGAAAGAGCUGUACAUAAUUUGCAUACAGACGGUACGUUGGAAUAUGUUCUGAGAAAGCUAAUUCUUUUUUUAUCUACCAGUUGUCAAGCGGGCAUAAGUCAACUGGCAUUGGCAACCUUCAAUGCCAUGGACACCGACAAAUCUGGAAAAAUAAGUUUUGCCGAAUUCAAAGCCGCCAUGCAAAAGGAAGCUCAGUCAGGCAAGGUCAACGACGCCAACCUUCGAGCCUUCUUUGACAAACUCGACGUCGAUAAGAGCGGUGACCUGAGCCUUGAGGAACUGAAAAAAGUUUUUAAAACCUAG